AACAUUUCUCCGCCCACGACUCUUUCCGUGGAAGUCCACUAAAGCCCCUGGCUUUCACGUCCACCUUAUGCCUCAUUAUUGUGCGUAACGCUCAGACGGCGUGCGUCCCGACCCUCACUGACAUGACAGCAUCACCAAACGCCAAAAGCCCCCCUAAAGAACGGCCUUUGUAGGGGGAGAGGCGCACUUUGGAAUCCUCACACCAGCACACAGCCUACUGGAUGUUUACAGGGACUACACAGUGGUUUGGACAUGUGUGAUCUUGAACGAGCAGGCAGGAAAUAAAGUGCGCACCUCCGUCUGCUGGUACAUCGUGGGUAACAGGGAAGUGACUAACCUCCUUUUCUACGUUGCCAAAGGUUGUUUAUGUCCUUCCUAAAGGCACUCGGAAAAAACAUUUUUCGCUUCCUCGACAGUCGUUUUAACUGACAGCAACUGAGCAGCUGAGGACUGACCGUCAGCGUCAAAGUGAGUGGUGAGGGCAGGAAAUGUUCGGAGGGAUGUUCGGGCUCUCUGAGAACUUCUGAAAGGGAAGUGGGGAAGAAAAGCAACGGGCCUAUAUUUUGAUUUUCAAUGUUUUGAAGUUUCCAUUUGCUGAAGCACUGCUUGACCAUGGCCCAGUGGAGCCACAUGACGCAGAUUUUACAGGACCUCCCUUCAGAAACAGUCAGCAGCCUCUAUCCUUCAGACACUUUCCCCAUUGAAGUCAGAUAUUAUAUCGCCGACUGGAUCGAGAGCCGUGGAUGGGAAGAUUUUUCCAUAGAAAAGGUGGAACAGAACAACCAAGCUUUGGGUCUGUUAGAAGAGACCGUCAGCAUGCUGCAAAUGGUUACUCAGCAGGGCAUCAACGUAGUGGACAGGAUGAAGCUCCUGCAGACCAGCAAAAACAUGGUAAUGUUUCGGCCACAACCUCUGCAAUUCGCAAUAAUGGUCAGAGACAUCCUCCGGAAGGAGAGGGUCUUGAUCAAUUCCAGAAAGCCUUCACAGUACCCAAGUCCCUCAGUACAAGUCCCACAGCAACCCAACAUGAACAUGAACAUGCAAGAUGUUGACCACCUUGUUCUAAAGGCACUUGAUGUUCAGGAAAUCCGGAAAAAAAUGCACCAUUUGCAAGAGGAGCUCAACUGGGAAAGACAAAACUCUGAGAGUUUGCAAGGAACUCCAGACUUUAAGAAGUGCCUGAAUAAAAUACAGCAGUUAGAGCACAACCUGAAGACGAUGGCCUCGAAACGUAUUAAGCUGCUGCAGGAGUGUGUGGACUGUCUGGAAUGCUGCCAAGCCAGGUUCAUCAGCAGACUGAACGAGUGGAGGUGGCAGCAGCACAAGGCAGCGAUAGGACAUCCCUUUGAUGACAAUCUGUACCCCCUGCAGACCUGGUGCGAGCAGAUGCUUGGAAUAAAUGGGAACCUGAGACAGGAGUUGAUAUUGAUUGGGGAACCAAUCACAGACCUCCAGGAAAGGCUGCGGAAGCUUCUGAAGGUUCUGAUUGAGAGUUCUCUUGUUGUGGAUAAGCAGCCCCCCCAGGUCAUCAAGACUCAGUCAAAGUUCUCAACAACUGUGAGAUUUCUAAUUGGGGAUAAAAUAGCACCUGGGAAGCCUGUGCUCCUGAAAGCACAAAUCAUUAAUGAACUGCAGGCAAGGAACUUGGGCAGCGUACCUAGUGAAAAUGUCGGGGAACUGAUAAACAAUUCAGCCGUUCUUGAGCACAAUCCAUCCUCAAAGAAUACAUGUGCAACCUUCAGAAAUAUGUCCAUCAAGAAAAUAAAGAGAGCCGACAGAAAGGGAUCAGAGUCGGUGACAGAAGAAAAAUUUGCCCUUCUGUUCUGCACAGAGAUCGCUAUCACAGGCUGUGACACUCCUUACAGAGUUCAGAUGAUCUCUCACCCUGUGGUUGUCAUUGUUCAUGGCAGUCAAGACAACAAUGCUCUGGCCACCAUUAUAUGGGAUGCUGCGUUUUCAGAACCAGACCGAAUGCCCUUUGUUGUGCCGGACUGUGUGCCCUGGAGGCUGAUGUACAGCACUCUCAACAGUAAAUUCACCUCCGAGGUUCAGACGAAUCAUAAUUUGGACCAAUUCAACCAACACUUUUUGGCCCAGAAGAUAUUUGGCCGGUCUGACUUUACAGAGGACUUCAGCAACAUGAUGGUUUCCUGGUCUCAGUUUAAUAAGGAAGUCCUCCCUGGGCGAACGUUCACCUUCUGGCAGUGGUUUGAGGGAGUGAUGGAGCUGACCAAGAAACAUCUAAAGACCUACUGGAGUGAUGGGCUGAUAUUUGGUUUCAUUGGGAAGCAGCAUAUACACCUGAUUCUUAAAGACAGACCUGAUGGGACAUUCCUGCUUCGCUUUAGUGACUCUGAGAUUGGAGGCAUCACCAUUGCUUAUGUUUCUAAUACUGGUGGAGGGCAGAUGAUCCAGAAUAUCCAGCCAUUCACCAAGAGAGAUCUUGAGAUAAGAAGCCUUGGGGACCGCAUUCGUGACAUUCACGAAAUAAAAGUCUUAUACCCUGAUUUUGCUAAAAAUGAAGUUUUCAAAAAGUUCUACUCAGGGCCUCAGCAGCCACCUGCGACGGGCUAUAUUCCUGUCACUCUCCAAACAAGAGUUGGCACGGAUUCAACACCCCGUGCUGACAAUAUAGAUGCUGAUGAUGGUGGCUUCUCAUUGGGCGCUCCAUCUCCAGCUGGUAGCUCGAACUCACUUGCCGACAAAAGCUUCCAAAUUCCAAAUGACAACGGGAUGGUCGGGACUCAGUUCUCACAGCAGCUCAACCCGCUAGACGAUCAAAAAGAUAUGGAGGGGGACGAUGGCAGUAACGUCUACAAUCCACUGGACAACGGGGUUGUCAGGCCUCAGUUCCAACAGCAGCUCAACCCGCUAGACGAUCAGAAAGAUAUGGAGAGUGAUGAUGGCAGCACCAUCUACAAUGCAAUAGACAACGGGAUGGUGGUGCAGCCGUUCCUACAGCAGCUCAACAGCUUCGGUGUUCCAGAGGAGAGUAACGACGCCACCAACGUCUUCAAUGCAAUCGACAACGGGAUGGGCAGGCAUCAGUUCCCACAGCAGCUCAACAGCUUCUCUGUUCCAGAGCAGGUGGAGAAUGACAACUCCAUAACAAUGGACUUUGGUCUUUUUGAUGAUCCCACAUGUGGUCUCCAGAGCACAAAACACUCAUCAAACCAAAGUUACUCCUAAAGUUUUAACAUUUGACUAAAGUGCAACGUUUCAAUAGACUUUCAUCAUGUUUUCAACACCUAUGGUUUGAUCUAAUUUGUGUGUCUUGUAUUGGUGCAUUGGGCUGUUGCAGUUUAAAAGCUGGAAAUGAUGUCCAACCAAAGCAUAACAGAGUCCCCAAAAAAUAGAAAGGCUUCAUCGUGUACUCUUUGGAAAGGUUUUGUCUCUCUUAUCUGGUGAUAGGUGUGUUCAUGUUCUGUUUUGUUCACUUGGCUUGCAUUUAGGUAAAUUAAUAAACUACUGUUCAGUAAAAAGGGUUAAUGGGUUGUUGUCUUGCAAAAACUAUUAAAUGUUAUCCUCUGUGCUCACUGUAUAUUUUAGUGUUGUUCUUGUAUAUCAUUUUCUUUUGUUUUUUUUAAAGCCUGGCCAAGCAUGUGUCACAGCACAGUCUUUUUGUAAUGUGUUGUAUGCAUGGUAAAUAAUCCAGGUAACAUACAGGCAAUAAAAAGAUAUUUCAUGAUUGUUGACUGUAAAUCUGUACCAUAUUCACAUGGGAGAAAAUAGCAGAAUGGGUGAAGCUGGUGGGAAUAAUAUAGGUUUAAUCUAUUAGACCUGUAAUAUUUAGUUCCCUUCUCUAAACAUGUCAUAACAACACAAAUAUUAAAAGUUUUCAAAAAUGCCAGUGAUAAAAUCAGAAUUGAUUAAAAAUGAAAGACUUACAGAUAACUUAUUUUCCACGUGUUUCGAAGUAUAAGCAUUGUGCCUUUAUGUAUUUAAUAAAUACCAACAGCAGAUAUAUGAGAAAAAAGUAUAGUGUGUUUCCCACCAAAAGUAUUCAAAUAUAGAACAAUAUUUAGUUUUCCUGUUUCAUAGUACCUUAUAAAUGUGUCCUUUUUUGUUGCCUUUAUUUGCAUCUUGAUAAAGGAUGUUGUUUUAAUGAAUGUUUAAAACUAAAAAUAAUUUGACUUUUGAUAUAAGCUUUUUACUACCUACCAUCAGUUUUAUGCAUGUAAUGUUAUAACACUGUGUUGGACACUGUUGUCUUAUAUAUUGUUUGAUAUAAUAUCUUACUGUGAUAACCAAUAAAAGUUUAUGGUUCUCAAAAUGAAAAAAUGUGUGGGUUUAUGAUUCCUUGUCCUCUAAGUCAAGUUUCUUACAGCACCGCACAGUCUUUACAGCAGCGUCCAACAGGUGAACUGAAACUUUACCCACGUGCAGAAGCUCAUGGCUUGCUCACGUUUAAGAGGUAAAAAUUAUUUCAUAAUAUAGCUGUUGCGUGUAUUGAGUUGCUUACAACCCACAUAUAGCCAAAAGAACACAGACAAAGAGGAAAUUGCAAAUUUAAAUUUUUUUGGGAUUUUUUGACAUAUAAAAAUAAUAAAUCAUAUGCAAUAUAAUUAGAAAGUUAUGCCUGUUAUAACAUUGGCUGUUUAUCAGCUGAAACCAUAUUGACAUGGUUGGCCUUACUUUACUAAUAGCCAAAGAAGAGACAUUGGAUAGCUCAAUUCAU